AAUGCUCGAAGAUGAUAAUAUGUCUAUUAUUCUUGGGAGACCUUUUCUUAACACCGCAGGGGCUGUUAUUGAUUGCAAUAAAGGAAAGGUUACUUUCAAUGUUGAUGACAGGGAGCACACCGUCUAUUUCCUCAAGAGGAUUGAUAAAGUAUGUGGAGUUAAUACUAUUUCUAAUGUGAGAACUAUCAAAGUUGGAACUAUCGAUUGUCCUAUAUAUGAGCCUAAAGAAGGAUAUCAAAAUCUUAUGAUUGGAUCCAUAUCAAUACAAUUCAAGAAAAUGGAAGGGAGUAGGCACCAACUCAACCAACAAGAAUUGGAGGUGCAACCGGUCAUGAGAAUUCACCGCGAAGAAGGAGUAUACCCCGCUUACUACCCGUGCGUGGAUUUUAUGAGUAGUGCAGGAAUCUUGCAAGAUGUUCGAAGUCUAAUUUUUCGUGCAGGGUUGGAUGAUUUUGUUGAUGGUGAACCAUUUCAAUAUGCAAAACUGACUAUGUCUGUAGUGCAGGAUUUUAAAUUCAAUUGGUCGCGAUCUAACCCCAUGGUUCAGUACAAAAUUUAUAAUAAAACUGUCAACUUGCCAUUCAAUGAUUUUUGUGCAGCAAUCAGAGUGCCGCAAUGGGGAUCAUGCGAGAAGAUAAGGGGAUCGCCGCAAGAGUUCUUGGACCUCUUCAAGAUGAUUUGUCAUGAAAGAAGCUUCUCAGAGGAUGGUGGUAAAAUCAGUAGCAUUCAACUCCCAGCUAUUCGUUACUUUGCUUAUUUCAUCACCAAGUGCGUUCUUGCUAGAAAGAAUGGAAGUAAGUUAUCUAUCCAGGAUCUAGCCUUUCUAGCUGCUGCAUUACAAAGUGAUAGGACUUACAACUUGGGUGCUUUGAUAGCCAACAGACUUGCUACUAACCGUGAGAAGGGAGGAAUUUGUGGAGGUCUCAUCGCCUCUCGUUUAUUAGCUAUGCAUGGUGUAGAACCUCACCAUCUUGAUAUUCAACUUCCCAUAGAGAAACUUGACAUAUUCUCCAUGAUUAAGCAUGAAUUUGUUUCUGAUUCGUCCAAUUUGAGCAACCUGUCUUAUAGAAUAACAUUUUACAAGAAAGCUUGGAGAAUAACUAAGAAAACUGAAAAAUUAGUAGGAUUGCAUGCACCUGCUCUGUUUAACCUUGAUUCCAGGGAGGAUUGGUCAGUCACGGAAAGUGCACUUAAUGCAUACAUAGAGGGAGGAGGCCAUCGUGCAAGAGACAACACGGAGGAGGACGAGGAACACCUCGAUUCGUCAUCCGAUGCAGCGAGUUCUUCGCAUCAAGUUGGGCAUGAGGAGCCUCCACGCUUUUCUUCUGCAACGGGACCUUAUUAUGACUACGCCAUGUAUGAUCCACCGGCGUGGAACCCAGACCCUCGCUGGGGUUGAUCUCCACUUAGGCCAAAAGCCUAAGCUUGGGGGGAGGUAUACCGGCAUCACUCAUUCUUUGCAUAUUAUGGUUGCUGGAUACUUGUACAUACUUGUUUAGUUUCUUUGAGUGGUUUUCUAAUGAGAGGGAGAUGAUAUUUGGGGAAGUGCUGCCUGAAAACAGAUUCUGGACUGUUACUAAAAAAAUUCGUGCGCACAGCCAGAAUGUUAUUUUGAGCUGACAAUUUUUAUGCAUGUUCCCCAGGUUUUUAUCUAACUUUCAUUAGUUGAACACUUUUCGAGUUGAGCAGCUUAAGAAUUUCUUUAAAAUCGAUUACUGUACUGCUGUCAAGUUUUGGCAGAUUUCUGCCAUCUUGCUUUUCUGUGUUUCUUUUAGUUUUCAUUUUCUUGUUCUUACUUUGUUUCUUUCCCAAAACACAAAAAGACCAAAAAUAUUUCUGUUGUUUCUCUUCACCAUUCGUUUAUUUUGGUUUCUUGCAUUUGUUUCGCUUUAUUUGCUAUUGCUAGUUUGCUAUAAGAAAACCCAAAAAGAUUUUGCUUUGUUCGCUUGCUUCUUUUUAUUCUUGUUCUCAAAUUCGAAAACACCAAAAAUAUUUGCUGUUCUUCUUUGGUUUGUAAAGUUCAUCAUGAGUUCAAUGGUCUUCGGUGGCUGGAGCAUGGUUUUCAUUUCAUAUUAUCCAAGCUACACAAGUGAAAGGGCAAUAAUGACGAUAUUCGACGAUCUGAUUGUGGUGAGAGGCUGGUAUGAACUCUAUUUGUUUUCAUUUUUUGUACAUAUACUCAUCCAUGUGAGCAUGCUUAGUUGGUUCAUGUGAGGUAUAUGUCAUUUAAGAAAGUCUAGUAGUUCAUGAUCUCUCAUGUUUAGCUCCAAUUUAUUAAUAUGAGUAGCAUGUCAUGGAUGUUUGCUUGCAUUGUUUUAUUCAUAAAUAGGUAUGAUAUUGUGGUAUCCUCCUCUGAAUAAUUCGUUUAAAUUAACUUGGCACAUGCUCACGCAUGCAUAUGACUGAACAAAAGUCAAUUAAGCCUCGAUGAUUUACAUUGCUUCAGAAUUCUUGUAUCACUUUUAUGCCUCAGUUAAUUUAUUUUGCCGCAAGCAUGAUUAUGACAGUUACUGCUCUCUUGAUUGUCGCUUCCUAGUCUAUUGCUAGCCUUCACUUGUACUGAGCGGGAACGCUGCUCGUGCUUCCAAACACAUGAAAACCAAGUUAUUCCAAAGUGUCCACCAUAAAUACCUAUGCAUGGCAUUUCAAACCAUUCCAAGUAAAUUCUUAUGCGCUACCUUUAAACCUUCAAAAUGCUUCUCAAUUUGUGUUAAUGUUUCAUAGCUCAUGAGGAAGUAUGUGGUGUUUAACUUUCAACCUUGUCAUUUACUCUUGACGGACUUUCAUAUGGACUAGUGGCACAUCCGCUUAUCCAAUAAUUUUGCAAAAAGAGCUGGCAAUGGGGUUCCCAGCCCCGAUUAAUCAAACUUUACUAAUAAUUCUCUUCACAUGUUUUGCUUUGAUUCAUCAGUAAGCAACUUAAUUUUGCAAAUAGAUACUCCUCCAUGGUAUGUGAUUGAUGGAAGGCACCCGAGGAUUCGGUUAGCCAUGGCUUGUGUAAGCAAAGGUUGGGGGGAGUGUCACCCAUAAUAAAACUAAAAUACGUGUGUAAACAAAAGAGAAGAGGGAUGAUCUACCUUGCUGGUAGAGAUAACGUCCUUCAUGGGAGCCGCUCUUGAAAGUCCGGUUGGCGAGGUAGUUGGUGUACCCAUUACCAUUCGUUGACAACAACAAUCACCUCUCAAAACAAUUUUACUCCUGUUUUAAAAAUGAAAAGCUCUAGCGCAUGUUAAUCCCUGCUUCCCUCUGCGAAGGGUCAAUCUUUUACUUUUAUGUUGUGUCUCCAUCCUUUCUUUGAGCACUUUCUUGAGAGCACAACUGUUAUUCUUAGUGUAAUAUGCUUGUCUCAAAAUAUGAUUGAUUGUGGUAUAACUUUGAUGCUUUUAUCUCUGGCAAUCACUAUUUCUAGUCUUUCUAUGAACUUCAGAGGUGCCUGAACAUUUAUGUUUUGCUGAUCAAAUAUGGGCAAGCGAGACACCACUCUAUCAUACUCUUUUAUGAACAUUGCAAUCCUGCUUAUAUACAUGAUUCAUGAUGCUUAUUAUUAAUUGUUGGUACCUUUCCAUGAUUGACAUAGCUAUUAGAUGAUCUUAUUUGCAUGUAUCUUAUUAUGAACUGCCUAAGUGUUAGCCAUAGCAUGAGAAUAUUUACAUCAUAUGAACAAAUGUGUUCGUGAAAAUUCUUUUAUCGCUCGAUUGUUAACUCGAAUUGCUUGAGGACAAGCAAUAAGCUAAGCUUGGGGGGAGUUGAUACGUCCAAAACGUAUCUACUUUCCCGAACACUUUUGCUAUUGUUUUGCCUCUAAUUUGUGUAUUUUGGAUGCAACUAACGCGGACUAACGCUGUUUUCAGCAGAACUGUUCUGGUGUCUCGUUUUUGUGCAGAAAUCCAACUUUCGGGAAAAUCCUCGGAAUUUAUGCAGAAGGUCCUAUUUUCCCAGAAUAUUGGCGGAGCCAGAAGGGCGAGCCAGGUGGGGGUCCGAGGGCCCCACACACUAGGGCCGCGCGGGCCCACGCGGCCCUAGUGUGUGGCGGCCUCGGUCGGCCCCCGACGCGCUCCUUCGGACUACUUAUUGCCUUCGACCUAAAAACGCACGAAAAAAAAGUCGAAGUCGCCAGAAACCCUCCAGAACGCCGCCACAUCGCGAAACUCCGUCUCG